AGAACCGGGUUGGACUCAGAGCCGCGAAGCUUAGAGGGUUAUCUUCUCGAUGGCCUUAGGUGGAUAGAGAAGAGCGAGAGAAGGGUAUUUAAAACUCGCCGUCGGCUAGGGUCCUAUGUGUUCUUGGACUUCUAUUUAGCCCCAGCACAAGUCAGGCUAACCCAAAGCUGUUACGGAGUCCAGAGAUGUUGUGGUACGGAGUUUUCGCAAUCGUUCUGGUGGCAUAUGCCCAUGCUGCUACGGUGCAAGAGGCAAACCACUUCAUGGACACCGUCUUGAACGAGAGGCUACCACCACUUGUCAGAACGUCCCCCCUCCUCUUCCCAGUUGUCGGAAUUCCAUUUUUUCGGUUCGAUGUUCCCAAAAAUGCUCCGACAAACCGGAAUCUUCACGCUAACAUUACGGAGGGGGCCAUUCGAAACCUUGACGUUGGAGUAAAACGCAUGGGAGAGUGUCUAGCGCCAGCUCUCAAGGAUGGCGUCCCAACGGUAUCAUGCACCCUGGACCUCAAUAACAUCAACACCACAUUCCUUGCAUACACAAAAGGAGACAAUAUAUUGUCAACGCUGAAAGAGAUCUGGGUAAAUGUUCUCACCGUUGAUUCCGUCGCUCGGUUUGAGGCGACAGGCAAUCAGCGACGAGAGAGCCUGCUACGAACCUUCGAGGUGCCCCAUCUUCACUUCACCACCCUCUACAACAGCGAACUUCACCUGAACACCGAUCGCCAGAGGCAGUUUAAGGACCACAUUGAGGCUAAGGUCAAGCAGACACUUCAGGAGACGCUCUACGGCGACUAUAGACUUCAACUGGCCAGAGCCGUCGCCGCGACGCCUUUUCCAAACGUAUGACUGGACCCUAUUGCUGCAUACUAAAUAAACAGAAAAAUUAGUAACUCAAAACCAAGAGUGCAUGCCCUGAUUAAAAUAUUAAAAAGAAGAGCCACAGCUGUGCGAGAUGGGGAAACCCUCA